AUGGAUUUUAAAAUGCAUGAAUAUACACACGCUGUCGUUGGUAAAGUAACACCAGCCUUUCGUAUAACAGAUAGAGCAGAUCUCAAUGAUGCAAGGCGACAACAUGACUGCUACUUACGCCUUCUUAGGGAACUUAAUUUAGAAGUGGUUGAAGUAGAUUUUGGUGCGUCUUUUCCUGCAAAUGUUCUGCUUGAAAACAUAGCCAUUGUCUGUCAUGGUAUUGUUCUGUUGACAAAAGCCACAUCUAAUAAAGAAGAUGAAAUGAUGAAGAUAGUUAAGGAUGUUAUGCAAAAAGAUCUUGGCCAAACGGUAAUUGAGAUGACGGAUCCAGAUGCUAAACUUAUUGGUUCUGAUGUAUUAUUCACAGGUCGCGAAUUUUUUGUCGGCAUAUCAGAUACUAGUAAUGAAGCAGGGGCAAGUGCUGUUGCAGAAGCGUUUCCUGAGUUUCCAUGCACGCCUAUUAAGGUGUCCAAAGGCGCUCAACAUUUGAAGCAAUAUAUAACUGUGGCUGGACCAGACAUCCUCUGCGUUGGUGCAAGUAAAGAGGCGAAGGAGCUUUUGAAACGGAUGGAGAGGGAGGCAACAUUCUCAUACCAAACACUUACAGUUCCAGAAGAUGAAGCCGCCAACUGCCUAUAUGUUAAUGGGACACUUAUUCAUAGAGCAAUUGAAGAGAUACCUGAUUCUUUUAAGGUCUUCUGCGAGAAGAUCGACUUCGCACGGAGAUCAAUUUGCUUCUCCGAACUUGCCAAAGUUUCCACUGGUCUGAGCGCAUGUUCAUUAUUGGUUAGGAAAUCAUAA